AUGACUCAAGAUAAACCAGCCGUCGUCUGCGUCUUCUGCGGCGCAACAGCAGGAAAAGACCCAGUACACCUCGAAGCAGCCCGGGCUCUAGCCUACGAAUUCCACAGAAACAAUGUCCAGCUCGUCUACGGUGGCGGCACCACUGGACUAAUGGGCGAGGUCGCAAAGACGCUAGUCUCCCUAUCUGGCCCAAAAGCCGUGCACGGUGUAAUCCCCCGUGCACUUGUUAAGGUAUCUGCGAAGAACGUCAGCGAGAAGACUGCCGCAACGGCGGGAGGCAAGGCAGCCGAACGAGUCGUCUCCGAAUCCUUGGACGGAGAUGAAAUCCCUGAGUCGGAAUACGGAGUUACGACCAUCGUGCCGGAUAUGCAUACGCGUAAGCGGCUGAUGGCGACCAAGGUUAUGGAGGGUGGUCCUGGGUCUGGGUUUGUCACGCUGGCUGGUGGGUUUGGGACGAUUGAGGAGGUUAUGGAGAUGACGACGUGGAAUCAGUUGGGAAUUCAUCGUGUUGGGGUCGUGUUGUUGAAUAUCAAUGGCUACUGGGAUGGGUUAUUGGCGUGGGUGCGCAAUGCGGUGAAGGAGGGGUUUAUCAGCGCUGAGAAUGGGUCGAUUUUGUCCGAGGCGCUUGAUGUAAAGGAGGUGUGGCCUAAGUUGUUGGAGUAUCGGUGUAGCUCUGAUCGGUUUCUGUUGAACUGGGGCGAGGAGUGA